AUGGCUCACAUUGCGGUUAUAUUUUUAUCUGUAACUACUGGUUUGUUUUUUGUUCUCAUCGGAACAAUCAAACUCUCCCCACUGGUUAACGAGGAAAUCUACCGAGAUAUGAGGAAAAAUUUUAUUCGGUUCUCUAAAGUCUUUCCUUUGGCAUCAAUAACUAAAUUUAGGCCAAGUCCCCAUGCACUUAGGCGUGUUGUUGGUGUGGUUGAAGUUGUCAAUGGCUUAGUUUUGACUUUUGUACCUGGACCAUUAAAACAAGUGGCUAACAUAGGGCUGCUGCUGUCUUGUCUUUUCUCCAUUUACUGCCACUACAUGGUGCAUGAUUCACUCGAUAAAAUGACAUCCCAUCUUAUUUUUGGUCUUUUGUUGGCCUGCAGAUUUAUCGUGAGGUUACAGGUCAAUGCCAGAGAAGUAAAUGAUUCAAACACUAAAAAUGUUAAUUUGAAAAAUGAUCGAAGACAGUAUGAUAAAGUUCCUUCAAAAAUGUCUACUAUAAACCCCGAAUAUGAUAUUUCUGCUGAGGAGAAUGUCCAAAAUAAAAAAUGUGAUUAA